AUGGCAGAUGAAGUGAUACACAGCUUGGAGGGUAUGAAACUGACUACAGAAGAGGAGGAAGUUAUACCUAUCUCCGAUGAGGGUAGGCAAGAAGAGAUUGAGAGAUGUGUACUAAGUUUAAUCGGUAAGUUCCUCACCUACAAACCCUUUAAUAAAAGAGCUGCUCUAAGCACAACAAAGAGGGCGUGGGGAUUGGAAAACAAAGUACAGGUUGUGGACGUUGGAGCAAACCUUUUUCAGUUCAAGUUUCCGACUGAAUUUGAUUUGGAAAGGGGAGCCCCGUUUGAUAUGGUCUCUCCAAAAGUAGCAGAGGAAAUAGGGAGUCGGUUGGGAGUUGUUGAAGAAGUGGAGAAGAGGCUGAAACAGGAUACUCCAGGCAUGUUUAUAAGAGUUAAGGUGGUGCUGCCUAUAUCAAAACCGCUUCGGAGAGGGGUGUUUGUUGCUGGAUCAAAUGGACAGAGGACAUGGGUCUCAUUUAGGUACGAAAGGCUUGCUCUGUUUUGCCAUCACUGCGGUUUGCUUGGCCAUGACAUCAAGCAUUGUGCUCAACACUUCGCGAUAACAAAGGGAGGUAGAGAAGUUCCUUGCCAGUAUGGGGAAUGGCUGAAGGCCUCAGGGAGUCAUGGUCGGUCUCCAAAUCGGCGAGACCAAGUUCGUGAGGCAGAUGACAAAGGGAACACUGAGAGGAGAACAACGCAGCAACAUCAGAAUGAGUUGUCUAGGAUGGUAAACGAUGGCGGAAAGGAUGAGUCAGAGAUCAGGGAUGGAGGAGACAUGCGCUUUAAUGAGGCUAACGUGAAUCAGGGGUUUGGUUCGGAAGUAUCGCUGGCGUAUCCCGUGAAUCAGGCAGUGCAGAGUACGGACAAAGAUGUGAUGGAGAAGAACACGCCGGAUGGUUUAGUUGGGCCAGACUUGGAUAGGCUGAAAGCAUCAGAUGGGCUUAUAGAUGAAAGUGGGAAAAAUAAGUCUCAAGGAGUUGAGAAGCAACGGACAUGGACCAGGCGAGCUCGCAUGGAUUAUGGGCCUAUGGAGAACUUAAAGGAGAAUGCAAAGUUAACUCUGGGCAAAAGAAUGAACACAACACAGCAGCUGGCGGGAAGUGAUAGUCCAGAAGAGCAAACAGUUCGAAGCCUUCAUGAUUUGGUGAGGGAUCAAGCUCCCACUGUCUGCUUUCUUAUGGAAACUAGACUUGACAAAGAAGGGUUUAUGCAUCAUUGUAGAGAGUUAGCUUAUCCAAAUAAAUUGAUCGUUAAAAAGCCUGAUUCUGGUGGUGGGUUAGCAUUAGUUUGGAAAGAAGAGGCUAGCCUAGAGGUGAUAAAUUACACUGAUAAUCAUAUUCUAGCAAAAGUAGUGGAGGAUAAUGGCUUCCAAUGGUUUUUAAAGGGGUUUUAUGGCUGGCCGGAAGCAAAUAAAAAAUGUAAGUCAUGGGCACUUUUAAAACACAUUUCUUCUUUUGUUGAUGGUCUGUGGUGUUGUAUUGGUGAUUUUAACGCGUUCUUACACGCUUUUGAAAAACUUAGCUCCCACCCACCUUCGGUUAAACAGAUGGAAGAGUUUGGGGCUGCCUUGGAAGAGUGUAAUUUGAUUGACUUGGGUUUUUGUGGUUAUAAAUUCACUUGGAAUAACAAAAGGCUUGGUGCAGCAAAUACUAGAGAAAGGCUAGAUAGAGCAGUCGCAAACAAGGAGUGGUGUGAUAUGUUUCCAGCUAGCUGUGUGUCUCAUAUUUUUUCACAUGCUUCGGAUCAUAUGCCGCUAAUUUUACAGAUAGGAACGGAUAGUAAUUUCCAUGGUAGAAUAGCUAGAGGCUUUAAAUUUGAAGAACGGUGGCUUUUAGAGGAGGAUUGUGGAAAUGUGGUUGACGAAGCUUGGGCUCAGAUGGGUGGGGCCGGUUCUCCUAUGGCCACUGUUAGUGCUAAAAUUAAUCACUGUGGGGCUGUUUUAGAUGCGUGGGGGUCGUCGAGGACAAAGCCUGAGGUGGCGGAAAUAAAAAGAUUGAAAAAAGUGCUUGAAAGGCUUCAUAAUGGCGUUCAAAACGAAGCGACCAGGUCUGAGUUUUUGGCAGCCAGUAAAUAG